AUGUCGGGGGCUUCAGUGAAGGUGGCUGUUCGGGUACGGCCUUUCAACUCCCGAGAAACCAGCAAAGAGUCCAAAUGUAUCAUCCAGAUGCAAGGCAAUUCCACCAGUAUUAUCAACCCAAAGAAUCCUAAAGAAGCACCAAAGUCUUUCAGCUUUGACUACUCUUAUUGGUCCCACACGUCGCCUGAAGAUCCCUGCUUUGCAUCUCAGAGCCGUGUGUACAAUGAUAUUGGGAAGGAGAUGCUCCUGCAUGCCUUUGAGGGCUACAACGUGUGCAUCUUUGCCUAUGGCCAGACUGGAGCUGGGAAAUCCUACACCAUGAUGGGCAAGCAGGAGGAGAGCCAAGCAGGCAUCAUUCCCCAGCUAUGUGAAGAACUGUUUGAGAAAAUCAAUGACAACAGCAAUGAGGAAAUGUCAUAUUCUGUAGAGGUGAGUUACAUGGAGAUUUACUGUGAGAGAGUCAGAGACUUGUUGAACCCGAAGAACAAAGGGAAUUUGCGGGUGCGAGAACAUCCUCUCCUUGGACCCUAUGUGGAAGAUCUGUCCAAGUUAGCAGUCACAUCUUACACAGACAUUGCAGACCUCAUGGAUGCUGGGAACAAAGCCAGGACUGUGGCAGCCACCAACAUGAAUGAAACCAGCAGCCGCUCUCAUGCUGUGUUUACAAUUGUCUUUACCCAGAAGAAACAUGACACAGAGACUGACCUUUCCACAGAGAAGGUCAGCAAGAUCAGCCUCGUGGAUCUGGCUGGCAGCGAGCGAGCUGACUCCACCGGUGCCAAAGGAACGCGGCUGAAGGAAGGAGCAAAUAUAAACAAGUCUCUCACAACUCUGGGCAAGGUUAUUUCAGCAUUGGCUGAAGUGGAUAACUGCACCAGCAAGAGCAAAAAGAAGAAGAAGACAGACUUUAUACCCUACAGGGAUUCUGUGCUAACGUGGCUUCUUCGAGAAAAUCUAGGUGGUAACUCCAGAACUGCAAUGGUUGCUGCUCUCAGUCCAGCAGAUAUAAACUAUGAUGAAACUCUGAGCACUUUAAGAUAUGCUGAUCGUGCAAAGCAGAUCAAGUGCAAUGCUGUUAUCAAUGAAGAUCCCAACGCCAAGCUGGUGCGGGAGCUGAAGGAGGAGGUGACGAGGCUCAAGGAUCUCCUGCGUGCCCAGGGGCUGGGAGAUAUCAUUGACAUUGAUCCAAUGGGAGAUGAAUACUCUGGAAGUGGAGGCAAAUAUCUGAAAGAUUUUCAGAACAAUAAGCAUAGAUACUUGCUAGCCUCCGAGAAUCAACGUCCUGGCAAUUUUUCCACAGCCUCCAUGGGGUCCCUCACUGCAUCUCCAUCCUCCUGCUCUCUCAGUAGUCAGGUGGGCUUAACAUCUGUGUCCAGUAUACAGGAAAGAAUCAUGUCAACACCUGGAGGAGAAGAGGCCAUUGAACGUUUGAAGGAAUCUGAGAAGAUCAUUGCAGAGCUGAAUGAAACAUGGGAAGAGAAACUGAGGAAAACUGAGGCCAUUAGGAUGGAAAGGGAGGCAUUGUUGGCAGAAAUGGGAGUUGCCAUUAGGGAAGAUGGAGGAACACUGGGAGUCUUCUCACCCAAAAAGACUCCUCAUCUUGUAAACCUUAAUGAAGACCCACUCAUGUCUGAAUGUCUGCUGUACUACAUCAAAGAUGGCAUUACAAGGGUGGGGCAGGCGGACGCGGAGCGCAGGCAGGACAUUGUUCUGAGCGGGGCUCACAUCAAGGAGGAGCACUGCGUCUUCCGCAGCGAGAGGAACAACAACGGCGAAGUUAUUGUUACUUUGGAGCCUUGUGAACGAUCAGAAACCUACGUGAAUGGCAAGAGGGUUGUGCAGCCUGUGCAGCUGCGCUCAGGAAAUCGCAUCAUCAUGGGUAAAAAUCAUGUCUUCAGAUUCAACCACCCAGAGCAAGCACGAGCAGAAAGAGAGAAAACACCAUCAGCUGAGACUCCCUCAGAGCCAGUGGACUGGACAUUUGCUCAGAGGGAGCUUCUGGAGAAGCAGGGCAUUGACAUGAAGCAAGAGAUGGAGAAAAGAUUACAAGAAAUGGAGAUCUUGUAUAAGAAAGAGAAGGAGGAAGCUGAUCUCUUGUUGGAGCAGCAAAGACUGGAUGCAGACUCUGAUAGUGGGGAUGAUUCGGACAAGAGAUCGUGUGAGGAGAGUUGGAGACUGAUCACUUCCCUGAGAGAGAAGCUGCCCCCCAGCAAGCUCCAAACCAUUGUAAAAAAGUGUGGCCUCCCCAGCAGUGGGAAGAAACGAGAACCUAUUAAAAUGUACCAGAUACCCCAACGCCGACGCCUUAGCAAAGACUCCAAAUGGGUCACCAUCUCAGACCUAAAGAUUCAGGCUGUGAAGGAGAUAUGCUAUGAGGUAGCACUCAAUGACUUCAGGCACAGUAGGCAGGAGAUUGAGGCUCUGGCCAUUGUUAAAAUGAAAGAGCUUUGUGCCAUGUAUGGGAAAAAAGACCCAAACGAGCGCGAGUCAUGGCGAGCUGUCGCUCGGGAUGUCUGGGAUACAGUAGGAGUUGGAGAUGAAAAGAUUGAAGAUGUAAUGGCCAACGGUAAAGGAAUAACCGAUGUGGAUGACCUAAAGGUGCACAUAGACAAAUUGGAAGAUAUUUUGCAAGAAGUGAAGAAGCAGAACAACAUGAAGGAUGAAGAGAUCAAAGUUCUCAGAAAUAAAAUGCUAAAAAUGGAGAAGGUUUUACCCCUGAUAGGGUCUCCAGACAAAGCUCAGUCAACUGUAGCUAAUGCUAAGUCUCCAAACUCUGCCAGUGCAGUGGACGUGGAUAAGAAGGCCACAGAUGAGGCAAAGAGAAGCGAGAACGAUGAACUUGCGAAGGAGGAGCGCGUGUCUCAGUUAAUGGCAGGCGAUCCGGCUUUCAGACGCGGGCGUUUGCGCUGGAUGAGGCAAGAACAGAUUCGAUUUAAAAAUCUGCAGCAGCAGGAAAUAGCAAAACAGCUUCGUCGGCAGAAUAUGCCUCACCGCUUUAUUCCACCUGAAAAUCGCAAACCCCGCUUUCCUUUCAAAAGCAAUCCCAAACACAGGAACUCGUGGAGCCCGGGCACCCACAUCAUUAUCACCGAGGAUGAAGUUAUCGAGGUGAGAAUUCCCAAAGAAGACGAUAAGAACAAAGACGAAGGCAAAGAGAAGGAAAGCAGAGCUGCUUCUCAAGAUCCGCAGCAGCUGUGGAACCUGUACGGCCCGCAGAGGAGCCCCGAGAACAUCCAGAUCAACCGGCAGCAGCUGGGCCCGCCGCAGCCCGGCCCGCAGCAGCCGCUGCGCUGGAGGAGCAACUCCCUGAGCAGCGGCUCGCACAAGGGGCUGCGGCGCCGGGGCUCGGGCUCCGCCGAGGCGCUGCACUCGCCGCAGGGCCCGGGGCCGCAGGGCUCGCAGCCGCAGGGCCCGGGGCCGCAGGGCUCGCAGCAGAAGCGCCCGCAGCCCCCGCAGCGGCAGCCGCCCGGCAGCGAGGGCGGCCCCGCCCGGCGCGCCGAGCGGCCCGGCCAGCACGGCCCGUUCGCGACGCCCCCGCGCAUGAGGCGCCAGCUCUCGGCGCCCAACCUGAAAGCGGGCAGAGAAACCGCAGUGCAGUUCCAGUUCGUGCUGCUCACCGACACGCUGUACUCGCCGCUGCCGCCGGAGCUGCUGCCCCUGGAGCCGGACAAGGGCCGCGAGCGCCGGCCCUUCCCCCGCACCGUGGUGGCCGUGGAGGUGCAGGACCUCAAGAAUGGAGCAACACACUACUGGUCCUUAGAAAAACUCAAGCAGAGGCUGGAGCUGAUGCGGGAGAUGUACGACCGGGCAGGGGACGUGGCCUCCGGCAGCCAGGAGGAGCCUGAGGGCUCCAUGACGGGCAGUGACCCCUUCUACGACCGCUUCCACUGGUUCAAGCUCGUGGGCAGCUCCCCCAUUUUCCAUGGCUGCGUCAACGAGCGCCUGGCCGAUCGCACGCCCUCCCCCACUUUCUCCACGGCCGACUCCGACAUCACUGAGCUGGCAGAUGAGCAGCAGGAUGAGAUGGAGGACUUUGAUGAUGAGGCCUUUGUGGAUGACACUGGCUCCGACGUUGGGACUGAGGAGGGAUCAGACCUCUUCAAUGAUGGGCGCGACCCGUUUUACGACCGAUCCCCUUGGUUCAUUUUAGUGGGAAGAGCCUUUGUGUACCUGAGCAACCUGCUGUACCCAGUGCCCCUGAUCCACAGGGUGGCCGUGGUCAGCGAGAAGGGCGCGGUGCGGGGCUUCCUGCGGGUGGCUGUGCAGGCCAUAGCAGCUGAUGAAGAAGCCCCAGAUUAUGGAUCUGGUAUUCGACAGUCUGGGACAGCUAAAAUUUCAUUUGACAAUGAGUAUUUUGAUAAGAGUGAUUUUUCUUCCGUUGCAAUGACUCGGUCUGGAUUGUCACUGGAGGAGUUAAGAAUUGUGGAAGGCCAAGGACAGAAUUCAGAGGUUACCACUCCUCCAGAGGAGAUCAACAGAAUCAAUGAGCUGGACUUGAAAUCAGCCACUUUGGAUGGAAAGAUGACUAUGGAAGGAUUCACUGAGGAAAUUGGUGAUCACCUGAAGCUGGGCAGUGUGUUUACCUUCCGUGUGACAGUCCUCCAGGCCAGUGGCAUCCUGCCUGAAUAUGCAGAUAUUUUCUGCCAGUUCAACUUUUUACAUCGACACGAUGAAGCUUUCUCAACAGAACCUCUCAAAAACAAUGGCCGAGGGACUCCCCUUGGGUUUUACCAUGUUCAGAAUAUUGCUGUGGAAGUGACAGAAUCGUUUGUGGAGUACAUCAAAACAAAGCCUAUUGUCUUUGAAGUCUUUGGACAUUAUCAGCAGCAUCCUCUCCACCUUCAAGGACAGGAUCUCAACAGCCCUCCACAGCCUUCUCGAAGAUUCUUUCCUCCCCCUAUGCCACUGUCAAAGCCAGUGCCAGCUACAAAGCUGAAUACUAUGAGCAAGCCCAGCUUGGGCCAGAGUGUGAGCAAAUACGACCUCCUUGUGUGGUUUGAGAUCAGUGAACUGGAGCCAACAGGGGAGUACAUCCCUGCCAUAGUGGAUCACACCGGGGGCCUGCCCUGCCAGGGCACCUUCCUGCUGCACCAGGGAAUCCAGCGCAGAAUCACAGUCACCAUUAUCCAUGAGAAGGGCAGUGAGCUGCACUGGAAAGAUGUGAGAGAGCUGGUGGUUGGGCGUAUAAGAAAUAAAGCAGAGGUAGAUGAAGCUGCUGUGGAUGCCAUUUUGUCUUUGAAUAUUAUCUCUGCAAAAUACCUGAAGUCCUCUCACAGCUCCAACAGGACUUUCUACCGGUUCGAGGCAGUUUGGGAUAGUUCCUUGCACAACUCCCUCCUGCUCAAUCGAGUGACACCGUACGGGGAGAAGAUCUACAUGACUCUUUCUGCCUACCUGGAGCUCGACCACUGCAUCCAGCCUGCUGUGAUCACCAAGGAUGUUUGCAUGGUGUUCUACUCCCGGGAUGCCAAGAUCUCCCCACCGCGCUCCCUGCGCAGCCUCUUUGGCAGCGGCUACUCCAAAUCCCCAGACUCCAAUCGAGUAACUGGGAUCUAUGAACUGAGUUUAUGCAAAAUGGCAGACACAGGAAGUCCAGGAAUGCAGAGGAGGAGGAGGAAAGUCCUGGAUACUUCUGUGGCAUAUGUGAGGGGAGAAGAGAACCUGGCAGGCUGGAGGCCCAGGGGUGACAGCCUCAUUCUAGAGCAUCAGUGGGAACUGGAGAAACUGGAGCUGCUGCAUGAGGUGGAGAAAACCCGACAUUUUCUUCUGCUUCGUGAGAAGCUUGGUGACAGCAUCCCCAAGUCCCUGAGUGACUCGUUGUCUCCCAGCCUGAGCAGUGGAACCCUCAGCACCUCCACCAGCAUCUCCUCUCAGAUUUCAACCACGACCUUCGAGAGCGCGGUGACGCCCAGCGAGAGCAGCGGCUACGACUCGGCCGACAUCGAGAGCCUGGUGGACAGGGAGAAGGAGCUGGCCACCAAGUGUCUGCAGCUUCUUACUCAUACCUUCAAUCGGGAAUUCAACCAGGUCUACAACAGCAUCAGUGAUUGUAAGCUCUCAGAUAUUUCUCCCAUCGGGCGGGACCCGUCCGUGUCCAGUUUCAGCAGUGCAACCCUCACCCCCUCCUCCACCUGCCCUUCUCUGGUGGAUUCCAGGUGCAAUUCAGUUGAUCAGAAGACACCAGAAGCAAAUUCUCGUGCCUCCAGUCCCUGUCAUGAGGUGGAACAGUUCCAGAUAAUUCCUGCAGUAGAAACUUCCUACCUUGCCAGAGCUGGAAAGAACGAGUUCCUAAACCUUGUUCCUGAUAUUGAGGAAAUCAGACCAGGCUCUGUGGUGUCAAAGAAAGGAUACCUGCACUUCAAGGAGCCACUCUCCAGCUCCUGGGCCAAGCACUUCGUGGUGGUUCGCCGUCCCUAUGUUUUUAUUUAUAACAGUGACAAAGAUCCUGUAGAAAGAGGAAUCAUAAACUUAUCCACAGCUCAGGUGGAAUACAGUGAGGAUCAACAGGCAAUGGUAAAGACACCCAACACGUUUGGAGUGUGCACAAAGCACCGUGGAGUCCUGCUCCAGGCCAUCAAUGACAAGGACAUGAACGACUGGUUAUACGCCUUUAACCCUCUCCUUGCUGGCACAAUUCGGUCAAAACUGGCUCGAAGACGCACGGGCCAGAUGAAGUACUGAGUCCAUGCAAUGUUCUCAUCUGUUCUCCCCACCCACCUUCCCAUAGAUAGUGUUAUCUCUCAUUUUCUCUUUGUGAUUCUUGACGGUUUCUCUUGUAUGUAAUCCUGUGGCUUAACAUCCCCCACCUUCUCCACUCCUUCAGCACAUUUUCUAGGUAUCCUAACCCUACCUUGUUUCUUUUCACCUGUACCAGAAUUGUACUAGUAGCAUGUGGCCAAACAAAAAGAGAAAGAAAAAAAAAAAUCAAAAAACUCGAGUGAUUAUGCACGACUCUAAAAAGAAAAAAAAAAAAAAUUUCCUAUAACAAUUGUUUUCCCAUUUCAACUGACCUGUUGGUGUCUGUCCCGCUGUCCAUUGUCUGUCUAGACUGCUACAGGGUUUUCAUUCAAUUUGUGACUUGGCAGUGGUCAUUGGUUCCCUCAGGGCAAAGUUCCAAUGCCAGGGAAAGAUAAAUUGUUUAAUGGAGACAUUACCCAGCCAGGAACUGCAAUCGCUCCUCAGGCUUUCUGGAUCCAGCCUCUAAGUUAAACUCUGUUGAAAGCUGAUAUUGGACAAAUCUAUCUGGGCAGACUGGAUUUUGGACUUUGUGCAAGUUUCUGAGUACCCAGGGUGCAGCAGACUAAGGCAUGAGCUAGAAGAAGUUAGGGAACAAACCAGAGGGGGCUGGCUAGAACAAUCUUCCUUUAAACUCCUGCUGUGGGGGUUGCAGGUGAACAGUGCUUGCAUUUAACUUUUUCCCAGAAGAUUUUCCAUCAACACUCAC